GAGUUGAAGUCGGUAGCUACGAUCGCCUUCUGGCAAACAUUAUCGUGACACCGUUUUGUGCGUGUUGAAGAGUUGGCCAGGUUCGUUCGAUCGGUUCUUCCGCCGUAUCGACCGGUCCGGUUGUUGGCCGCGCGCUUCCGAUUCAUGAAUCCAGUGAUAUAGUAAUUUUCCUCGGUGUGUAUUCAGCGUGCAUCGUGAUACAACGAUUCUUCAGUGAUUACUCGCGCAACUUACUGGCAAGUAACCAUGAAUCAUUCUGUAAAUUCGCGCACUAACUAAACUAUAUUCGUUUCGGCCGGUGCGCGGCCACUUCCGUGUACAUACUACGAAUUCCUCUCGGUUGCCGCCGCGUUCCAAACGCUUUCCUUUUUAUUUUUUCUUAUUUUUUAAUCGCCGAAAAGUAAAUUUGGGAAAGUAGAUUUAAUUCGAAACGUCGUCGAUACUCGGAAACCGAUCGGGAAUACUAUAGAAUUACCACAAGUCUUAAAAAUAUUAAUCGUUUGUUUCCUGUCACUUUUUUAUAUCAGCGUUACGUAACGAGAAUGAAAUUUAGGAAAACUUUUGAAUGCGAAUUCUUUCUACCGUUGGUCCAUAUAAAUCAUUGUAUGUCUCAUUCAAUGUGGUAUCGUUUUCCUUAAUUGAUAACUUUGAGAAUGUCAAUGUCAAAAUUCUUAUUAAUUCACGUAAAUUAUACUUUCUUAAACUUACUGUUCGUGAUGGGAAGCUCUCUGCAGAUUCUUCGAAAUUUGAAUGCGCAUAAUUUCGGGCAACUCGGACACCUAGUACGGUCCGUGAAACAACUGUACAAAAUUCACUCUCACGUAAUAAUUAACUUGCACUCGUUUGCAUUGUAAUCGAUUAAAUCGGCACGGAAAUCGGUUUAGACACUAAUUUCUUCGAAGUUAAUGACGUACUAGUUCAAGUGCCGCAGACUGUUUCGGUUUAAUGUUAUUGCGAAAACGUGAAUUUCAGAUGUAGAACGACAUGGCUAUCAGCAUAAAAUUCACAAAAUUUGACAACACACCAUGGGGAUUUCGAUUGGCGGGUGGAAGCGACUUUCCACAACCGCUGACUGUGAUCAGAAAAUAUUUCUUAGGUGACAGAGGGAAGCCUGGCGGAAUGUAUGGGUUUGAAAGUCGGCGAUGUUGUAGUGAGAUUAAACGAUCAACCCAUCAGUAGCUUGACCCACGGUCAGGCACACGAGGAACUAAUGCGAGCAGGGAAUAAUUUUGUUCUGGGUGUACAGAGAGAAGAAGAUUCGCUGAAGGCUGUGGAGGCGUUGUCCGAAGAGAACAUCGUGCCCUAUAAGAUUCCGCUCGCAGAUUUGCCACCUGUUUUCCCAGAGCAAAUACUGAAAGGGGAAACUGUGAUCGAGCGGCACGAGGAAAUAACGUGCGAAGUAAAGCCGGGCGAAGAGGAGGUGAAGCCAGAAGUGGAACCACUGCCGGACAAGCCUAAGGACGCCAACAGCGAGAUCGUACCGAAUCAGAAUCUUACGGACGACGAGAUCGCGCAAUUGAUCCUCGAAGAAGAGGAACUUUUGACCGACAAAGGCGUUUUGGGGGUGAACUUUAAGAAACUCAAGCCCCGCGUCACUGCUCUGAAACAAUCGAAGGUGAUCGAAGAACUUCAGAAUAUCGCCACAGCCGAACCACCUUUGGUCGAACAGUUGAGACGUACCUCGGUGUUUCUGCAAAAACCGCAAAGACCGAUACCGACGCCCCGUAAGAAACAGGAGGAACAAGAAGAGACAGAAGUCGAGUCGUACAAAGUGGUGAUAAAGAAGCAGAAAAAGCGGAGCGUGACCGACCGACUACUAGAGAAGGGUCUGCUGAAACCUGAGGACGCAAGUACUCCGGAACCACCUACUCCCGAGGUAAACAUGGAAAAUAUCGAAACGGAGACGAAAAUCGAGGGAAACGAUUCGUCGAUCGUUUUGUCCAUACCGCUCGAUGAUAGUUUAUGCUCGCAACAAACGCUCGAACCAAUCGUCGCGCGUUCCACGGUGUCGUCCUCUCCAUGUCUCGAACUUCCGAUCGAGAUUUGCCAGAGUCGGCGGUCUUCUCUCGAUAUCGAACCUGAAACUCGUACGAACUUGGGAUCGGAUGUUACAUGCCCGGUACAGUUAUCGAAACGCAGAGAGAAGGCGUUAGCGUUAGCGCGACGCGCGCCGACGAAGUGCAAGUCGAAGAGCUUGUGUACGAGAGGACAUUACUUCCGAAGGUGUUUGUUCGGAAAGAAAAGCCACGGUGACGUUAAGAAAGCGAUUAAAGUAAGGCCUUCGUUCAGGGAACGGUUCCAGGAAAGCGACGCUGUGCGAUCGAGCGGUCGCGGCAUGGACCAGCUUCAACAACUUCCACGUCGCUGUAGCAUCGAGAAAUCUUCGAAAUCCAGGAUCAAAGGUCGUUACCUUGAGACGUACUUGAAACGAGAGGAUAAUUGGAUGAGGCGAAUGAUCGACGGAUUGUUCGAGAAGACCGAUGGCUUUUCCUCCAGCAAAUUAUUCGAUAGGCUGUUAUCAAACAGAGGAAUCUCUCUUAUCAAAUUGAGAAAAACUCGUUACGCGGAGAAAAUACUUGUUCGAAGCGGAAACUUUGUCGCGGUUCGCCUUCCUUCCGACAUUCUGAAAUAUUUCGAGCAAGGAUAUUCGACGGUCAUCGGAAAUUCUAUAAAACCCAAGUCACAAAUUGAUAAACGUUUGUACUUCAAAGGUCAUUACAUUCGGCGCAUUCUUUCGCGCAAUCUUGUCCGUUUGAUCAACUAUGUCAAAGACGUAGCGUGUUCGAAGGAUAUUGACAGGAGAGACAGAAGGAGAAGCUCGACAACGAUUAAAACGAAAGGUCGUUAUUUAGAGACGUAUCUGUUGGAAAACGUAUUCUUCGAUUUGCAGGAUCUUCGCGAUCGUUUCUCGGCACGCCCGACCGUUGUCUCGUCGUCGAGGAAGAAAUUUUUCGCUCGAACUCGUUACGUCGAACGUAUCCUUAAAAACCACUUGGACGCUCUUGGUUUAAUCGUAAAAUACAUUGGCUGCCAGGUUGUCCGAGGUAUUCCCGAUUCUUCCGUCGUUAUUCCAGGCUGUUCGUCCUUGAACUCGCGCCAAACCGACGCGCCCGUGUCGUCCAUGAAAGAAGACGACGUCCUUUCCAAUUUGAUCCGUUCCUCCAAAGACUUUAUCUCGGCCGAGGUUUUUCACCGUGGCAGUAGACGACUCUCAAGAUCAUCCAGAGGUAGCAUAUCUGCCGGCUCUUCCAACAUCUCCGAUACUUUCGGCAGCUAUCUCUUUAAUUGGCUUCCUACGAAGUUGACCAGAGAAUCGGUCGAUCGAACGAUUAACGAUAAAAAGAUGAUGCAGGAUAACGAUCGUGACGGUCGUAGGCUAUCUUUCGUGCCCACUAUUCUUUACGAGGGUCUAACGAAUCGUAUAGACGUGGAUUUCACUAGAUUAGUGGCAUAUGCGUUUGUCCCUUGUACCUCGAUCAUUUUGCUGUACAUGUACAAGUAAUAUUCGUAUCGAGUAAACAGUCUAAUCAACGUCUAUUUAGAUAAGGUGAUUCGAGACGGUACUAUUAAUGAUUACGAUUAUGUUUAGAUUUAAAACGACAUCACUUGUUCUAGGACAUCCCUAACAGACGCUAGAUCAUCAUGGACCAUCUGUAAACGUAUAAAAAAAAUGAAAAAGUGUUCGUCGUUCGUAAAAGUGUGUGUUGUAUCUUCUGUCCAAUGUAACCGUAACCUUUCUCUCGUAACUAGAGAUAGCCAAUUAUACUUGUUUCCAGGGCCGUGCAGCAGCCGGACAACGAGAAUUUAUCCAUCGAAAAAAAAGAAA